UCGAACUGCUUUCCAAUUUUACUCUCUUUCCGAUUUCAUAAUCAUCUAUUUGAGCUCAUCAUUCUCUACCAAAUCCCCGUCCCUCUGAUUCUUCUUCAAGGAUUCUUUUUCCUUUUUUUCUUGAGGGACACUUUCGGUCUCUGACGAAAGUAAGCACUGCAAAAUGUAUCACUUCCUUUUAAUUUCAUGAAAUGGCUAUCUGUUACUGAUUUCGUUCCGAAUUUUUCUCAUAAUGAGGUCUAGUUUUGGAAGCUGCUGCAUUUUCUUAUGGUAAGUUGCCAGAAAUGGAAGUCCGUUUGGAUUUCUUGAAUUUGCUUCCACUCGACAUGUCGAGAAAGAUUUUAAUGUGCUUCGAUGAUGUUUCUGAUAUCGUUCGAGCGAGUGCAGUCUCACGGCGUUGGCAACAUUUAGUGUUAGGAAAUGGUUUAUCAAAGCACCUCUGCUUUAGAUCAUUCCCUCAUUUGUCGAGAGUAGCUUCGAUUGUUGAAGUAAUGAACUCGGAAGUGAAUGGAAACGAAGAAGCAGCAUGUAGUAGUUCAAGAGAUUCAAAAUCAGUGCAGAGGGAUCACAGAGUUUAUUCGUAUCUCGCUCAUGCAUCUGCAUCGUUUCUUAUGAGAAAUUGCAUUUUAGAGGCAAUUACUGCUUCAAGCACUGAUAAUGAUCCUGAGGAAAGCAUUACGAACACGUUGGAAGCGAGAGAUCUCAUUGCAAGGAGAGCUUCGUAUUGGUCAAGUAAAGGACACUUUAAACCUGAUGUAUCCGAGACACUGAUAUACAAACUGGUUUCCAAUUUAUGUGUUGUUACUGAGAUUAAUAUACGACCUUUCCAAGCAUUUUUUCAGUCUGGUUCACCGAUAUACUCAUCUAAAGCCGUGCGGUUUCGGUUUGGUCACUUAAAACAUGUCAUGGAUCUUAGGAGCGAUCUGGCUGGGGAGUUACACCGUGGAUCUACAAAAGAGAUGUUUACAUGGACAUAUACUUCUCCAGAAUUUCCAAUGGCUCAGGAAAAUUGCUUGCAGAAGUUCAAACUUCCUCAACCUGUUCUUUGCAUAGGAGGCAUUUUGCAAAUUGAGCUGCUUGGGAGGGUACAAAGACAAGAAACAGAUGCUUUGUUCUACAUAUGCGUUUCUCAUGUUCAAGUUAUCGGACGAUCAUUAUCGCCUGCAUUUGAUAUCGAAAUCCUCGAACCGUCAUGGGAGUUUAUUUUAAAAUGUAACCGUCAGGCAAAGACUUAUAACCAGUUAAGCAUGCUUGACAAUGAACCACUCACAAUCCUUCCCACAUAUUUGGAGAGACGUGUAAUCGAGUUGCGACAGAUUGUGAAUAUGCUUCGGGGAAACGUAGUUCAAGGCGAGUAUUAUGCAUGGGGUGAUGAAGAAGAUGAAUCAGAUGAAGAUUUUGUUGCUUAAAUCAAUCAUCUUGUUCCAAAAA